AUGUCGCUCGACCAGCACACAAAACUCUACCUGGGUCUGGCCUUCGCUGCCGGCAUCCUCAUCACCCUAGGGUACAAAGACUUCUAUCCAGAUCUCGAACGCCGCUACCACGAUCGUCUACGGAAGAAUCGAACACGCCGCCGCUCCAGCACUCAAGUCUCGUUGCAAGUCAAUGAACCUCAGGAUGACUCUCCUGCCGCUCCUCAACCAGCCACUGCCAUUCGUGAAGGCAUUGAAGGCGCAAUCGGCAAUACUCCCUUGAUCCGUAUCAAGUCCCUGUCCGACGCUACAGGUUGCGAUAUCCUGGCCAAAGCAGAAUUCCUCAAUGCUGCCGGUAACUCGCCCAAAGAUCGUGUCGCCCUGUCAAUGAUUCAAAUGGCCGAGGCCGAGGGCUUUCUGACUCCCAACUCUGGCGACAAGGUCUAUGAGGGAACUGUUGGCAGCACUGGAAUCUCGCUUGCUGCUAUCUGUCGCGCAAGAGGUUAUACCGCACAUAUCUGCAUGCCGGACGACGUAGCUAUCGAGAAGUCCGACUUGCUACUCCGUCUCGGUGCCGUCGUUGAACGGGUCCGUCCUGCCUCGAUCGUCGAUAAGGGUCAAUUCGUCAACAUGGCUCGCGCUCGUGCUCAACAACAUACUUCAGACCCCAAUCAGAAAGGCCGCGGUUUCUUCGCCGAUCAAUUCGAGAAUCCCGCAAACUACCUGGCGCAUCUACACGGAACAGGUCGCGAGAUCUUCGAGCAGACUGGCGGUCAACUGGAUGCUUUCGUCGCAGGUGCAGGCACAGGAGGAACCAUUUCUGGCUGUGCUCUCUACCUCAAGCCUCGUCUACCAAACAUGAAAGUCGUCCUGGCAGAUCCUCAAGGUAGCGGUCUAUACAACAAGAUCAAGCACGGUGUCAUGUUCUCACCAACCGAGAAAGAAGGGACUCGUCGUCGCCAUCAAGUCGACAGUAUAGUCGAAGGCAUCGGUGUGAAUCGUGUAACUCACAAUUUCGAGGCUGGCAGAGAGCUCGUCGACGAUGCUGUCAAAGUCACUGACGAUCAAGCCAUGAUGAUGGCUCGUUGGCUGGUCGAGCGCGAUGGUCUUUUCGUGGGCAGUUCUUCGGCUGUCAACUGCGUUGCUGCCGUCAAGACUGCAUUGGAGCUCGGUGCCGGACACCGUGUCGUCACUAUUCUCUGUGACUCUGGCACAAGACAUUUAUCAAAAUUCUGGGCCAAGGCUGGUACCAUCGGAGGAGAUGACGAGAUGACAAUGGACGGCAUUCUGAAUCCUAAACCAUCAGCUUCAUGA